AUGUCGGUUCUGCGGAGCAUGGCCGAUGUGGUCAACAAGUCUGAUCCCACCACAGUCUCAACGUACAGCUGGGGCAGCAGCUUUGCGCUGCUCUGCGCCGUCUUUGCCUUUGCCAUCGUCGAGUUUCUGGCCGUAUCUGCGUAUGCAUGGGGACUGGUGAAGCUUUCCAGACCCUUGACCCGCCCGCUCUCGGCCACCCCAGACAAUGUUCCGGUGCUCGUGUAUUCCAAGGAUAGCGGCCUUGACAAACACACAUCCCAGAUCCAUCCUCCUCGCUGGCCAGGCUCAGAGCCCGUCACCUCCAACCGUCAGCCCACCGCAUGGGCUUUGCCUGUCACCACCUACCGCCACCACGACGCAGUUCACAUUCACCAGAACCAGAACCAGACCCCGUUCCAGCAUCGGUUCUCAGAAGACUCAUCGCGAAAGUCCACCGAUAAUCUGCUCCCUCAGACCACCGCAUCGAGAGGCACGUCGCCCCUCUCGGCGACCGGAUAUCGACCUCCAGCCCUGCGUAACUCCGGUCAUUCCAAACAGACCUCGAUUAUCUCUCAGUACGCUUCGCUCGACACCACCAGUCCGCUCGAGCCAGCCCCGAGCACGCAGAUACAAGCACCGCAGGUCUCACCGGAGACCCAGCUUCAGCAUCCGCCUCCUCCCGGCGCCGGAUCGAAGUUCGAACCCGAGAGUCUGUCCCAUGCCGAGUCUCUGGCGAGGGCCUUUGUCGCUCGACACAUGAGCCAGUUCACUGUCGAUCUGUCCAGAGCCGACUCGGACUCUUCCUUGAGAUCCGGGGACGAGUCGCAAGACAAAUGGACUGAACCAGGCACGGCUCCUAAGAGUGCUUGGAAGCGCUCGGGGCACUAUGGUUCUGUCGCCGUGCCGGGUCUCGAAAGCAGCCCGACUCAAAUAACGUACCCGCAAGGAGGAGCCCAGCCGCAGAGAGAGAGCUCAGUGCGCUCCCGACACUCCCCCAACAGGGACAAGCUCAUGGAUGAGUUUGUAGAGGCAUAUGGAUUUGUUCCUGGAUCGUAG